CUUCCACACUUCGACGACACCUCAGACGACCUCAAGAAACGAUGUCUGAUCUUGACGCAGACCUAUAUGCAGACCUUUACGGCAACGACGAGACGGAAUACUCUGCCCCUCCUGAUCAGGCGGAGGUACCAGUGAAGGAAGAGGUCAAGGACUCUCCUCCCGUGGCCAAGGCGGCAACACCUCCUCCGUCGAAGCCGGCGACCACGACACAGCCUUCACCAGAGCCCCCGAAAACUGAACUAAACUCGCCUACCGUAGAACAAAUCUCCCAGCAGUACGAUAUUUCAGAUAUUUCUGGGUAUCCGAGCCAGCCCACCCAGCAAAUACCGACGUACCAGGACAAUGAGUCAAGCGAGUACCGAGAGCUUCCCCCUAACCGUCCAGAUCAAAACUAUGCUGGCGCCAUGAACCGGCCAGUGCGGCCGUCAGAGAUGAAAGAGGAAGGGUGAGUAUCAGCGCUCCACAUUUGCAGCUGACCUUUGUCCAGCGCGGAUUCUCUGGUGCACGUGGCGGGAUAUGGUUCGGCUCUGGAUGCUAGUUACAAGGAACCACUGUCCUCUGUAGCGUGUUCUUCAUCCGGUAGUCUCCCUGUCGCCUACGACUACUAGCCUUAGCGUAUCCAGGUCAACCCUCAUAAGCUAGGCUAGCACAGUCUUGCACACACAGUAGAGUCAUCCAUUUUGUCUCUCCUGUCUGAUCACUGGUUUGUCUAGCAAAUAACAGAUACUAAUGCAACCGUCUUCCCCCUAUAUGUUCCACCUACGCCUUCGUCGUAUACUCGGUACACUCGCAAACCGUCGCUGCUAUACAUGUCCUAUGUCUAUAGCAAAAUGUUCAUCGGCGGUCUCAACUGGGAUACUACAGAUGAGUCACUAAGAAAGUACUUCUCGCAAUUCGGCAAGGUCGAAGCUUGUACUAUUAUGCGCGAUGCUGCCGGCCGCUCACGGUGCUUUGCGUUCCUGACGUUCGAAGAUCCAGCAUCCGUGAACGCAGUCAUGGUUAGGGAGCACUUCUUAGAUGGCAAGAUCAUUGACCCCAAACGUGCUAUCCCUCGGCAAGAACACCAACGGGCGACGAAACUCUUCAUUGGAGGUCUUGCAGGUAGCGUCACCUCAGAAUCAAUGCGCGAAUUCUUCUCGCAGUUCGGCAAGGUUGUCGAUGCCACGGUCAUGCUCGACCGUGAGACAGGUCGAAGCAAAGGCUUCGGUUUCGUUUCUUUCGAGAACGCCAACGUUGAGCCACUACUUGGCUUCGGGAAUCUUGAGAUUGACGGCAAGAUCAUUGACGUCAAGCUCGCCCAGCCGCGUUCACAGCGCGAGGGCGGUUUCACCCAGGACGGUCAGAACAACCGCGGGAACUUCAACGCAACAAACGGCUUCCAAGCCAGCGGUGGGUUUGGCGCAGCAGGCGCCGCUGCGGGCGCGACCCCGACAGGCGGUGUAGGUGGCAACGCGCCGUUCGACCCCCAGGCCCUCGCAAAUCUUUACACGCGCAUGCUCUCGCAGAUGGGAGGCAUGAAUCCGAUGAUGGGUGGGAUGAACCCGAUGAUGGGAGGCAUGGCCGGUGCAGGACCCGGCUAUGGCGGACCUAUGGCUGCUGGGAUGCGCAUGCCCAUGGGUGGACCUAUGGGGGCGCCAGGCAUGAUGGGUAUGGGCGGUAUGGGCAUGCAGGGCAUGAGCAUGGGACGCGGUGCGCCUGGUAUGGCUGGCGCGGGUAUGAUGGGUGGACCGAUGAACGUACCCCGUGGACCGCGGGGCGCGCCAACAGGUCCUGGCGGCGGUGCAGGUGUUGGACCCCAGAGGGCUGGCCAGCGAGGAGCGCACAACUAUCAUCCGUAUGCGCGGUGAUUCAAGUCUCGGUUGUCUGAUCUUUGGACCGCUUUUCUCCUCAUACUUGUACUUACACGUAAAUAUGUUUCACUUAUGUAUACGGUUCAGAGAU